GUUGUUUUUCUUUGCUGCGUGGGAAACACUGAGCGCCCUCUGUCGGCCGAAUUACCUAUCUACGAUUAUUAUAAUUUAUGUGUCCGACUCCUAUGUGCGUCAGUAAUGCUGGCGAUGUAGUGAAAGACAAAAAAACGUCAUGUAAUUUUCUGUUAACAGCCGCCAUAACAGAUCCAGGAGAGGAGACAACUAGGAAAGGUUUUCAGCCCUGGUCUAUCACCAUGACACGGGUUACAAACGAUUGUAAGCAGCGGAGCUAGAGGAGGAAACGGUGAGCUAUAUUUCUGGUACUGUUUACAUCCUGUGUGUUAAACAGAGGGCAUAUAGAUUUCUUAUACACACGCGUGCGCGCCCUAACAAAACAGGCUCAAUGCUGCUCCGAACACAAAUCGUUGGUGUCGAGUUCUACGAUGCCGUAUUGAACAAUGAACUACAGCUACUGAAACGUUUGGUAACCCAGCAUAAGAUAGACCUUAAUGCUAAAUUCAUUGAGGUGAGAAAGAAAAACCACGCUGAUUUAUGUCCCAUACAUCUUGCCUCGUAUCGAGGUUACACGUACAUGUUACAGUAUCUCAUUGAAUCCAAGUGUGACGUCAACCAAACAACAACUACCUUAAGAAGGACAGCCCUUCAUUUCGCUGUCUUGCGACACAAGAUGGCGUGCAUGUUGUUAUUAAUUGCAGCAGGGGCACAACUGGACGCGAAGGACACGUUCAGUAACUCGCCUUGCCAUUACGCAGCAGACGAUGGGUACUGUCAAAUGUUGGAUGUUUUGAUACGAAGGGGAGUCAAUGUUGACACUUUAGAUAUAACAUCAAAGACGCCAUUGAUGAAAGCGGUGAGAAAUAAUAAAACUGAUGCAGUUCUGAGACUGCUGAGGGCUCAGUGUAAUAUUAAUAUUACUGACAGGAACAGCGAUAUGGCCCUUCACUAUGCCGCUAGGAAUGGCUGUGCCGACGUCCUCGACAUCCUGAUUUCCGCCGGAAGUCUAAUAGAUGUCCAAAAUUAUUGGGGACGAACACCUCUGAUGGAGACGGUCUGUUAUAACCACAAAGAUGCUGUUGCUCGUCUGCUCAAAGCCAGCUGUGAUCUAAAUAGGCGGGAAUUUAAAACUGGUGACACCGCCCUGCAUAUUGCCAUUAAGCGGAAUUACACAGAGGUCGUGGGUCUUCUUCUUGCCGCAGGCAGUAGACACGAUAUAUACAAUCACCAAGGGGAAACAGCUGCAUAUGACGCGGUUGUUAGCAACAAGGUCGAAAUUAUCCGCCUUAUGGUUAUUCAUAAUUGUGACCUAGAACAACCAGGGAAGUACUUUUCUGAUGGGGUGUACAAAUCUCUUUUCCAAAUUGCAGCAGAAAAGGGUCAUUUCGAUAUCUGCCGUCUUCUAGCUUCAUUUGGUUACGUUGACUUCAGAGCACGUGGGUAUAUUUACAUGAAUUAUAUCCCUCCGCGUCUUGUCACAGAGCAGGAGGAUGUCGUGCAAUGGUUACGACGUAAGAUGCAGACUCCUACCUCUUUACAGCUACUCUGCAGGAAGUGCAUCCGCAAACGACUUGGACACAAAAUAGUCCACACAGUCGAGUGUUUACCAAUACCAAGAGCUUUGAAAGAAUUUGUGCUGAUAAAAGAUAUGGACGAGGAAGAAGAAAAGAAUCUGCGGUGAUCGGAUAUAAUUGUACAAUA